GGACGCUACGUGGGCGGUACGAACAAAGCACCGGGAUUCGUUUGCCAAGUGAAAGUGAAAACGAAAAAGAGUUCUUACUUUGGUCUCUCUGGAACUCAUGCAGAUCUUACAGAUAUAUAACGAAAUAUUCAUAGAAUCUUGUGAUCGUGAGUGCUAAAUAUACUGCCAGUGGCUGGCAAUUAAAAUCUUUAAUUGCUUGUGAAAGAGUUAAUAACUAAGCUGUCAACGGCGGUGACCUUGGCAGUGUGGAAUAUAGAUCUUAAGAUAAAGCGCAAUGCACAGUGUUUCGGUUUUAAGUUGUCUCUGCCUUUGGCUUAGCCUGAGCUUAAGCUUGGCCAAUCCCCAAUUGAAUCUGCCCACUCCUCAGCCAGAGGUUUUCUACAAUGGAUAUACCCCGAAUGUCGCCACCACUCCUGCUCAAGUUAGAGCGGAUCAGGACCGCGAUCGCCGAUAUGGACCUCCCUACUCCGAUGAGGGUGGGAAUGGAAAUACCGAUGAUGGAUUGGACGACUUUAGGUUUGGACAGACAAAUGACGAACGCAUGAGGAUCGGUUAUGCCUAUCCCUUGCCCCGCGCGAACUUCAGUGACUCACCAUUCAGUGGGGAUAGGUAUUCGAAUCAUAACUACGGACCCGUUUCCAGUACCACCGAUCGCAACUACGGCAACGAUGCCAAUCUGAAUGGACGAUACUCGGAUGUGCCCUUCCCCUUUCAAGGAGAGCGUAACGUUAAUCCCAACGAUCAGUACAACUACAAUAAUAAUCCGAAUGUAGAAUUUGUGGGCAUUAAUAAUCGCAAUCGCUUCGAGAAUCCCUUCCUUUCGAAUCAGGAUCGGUUCAACCUAAAUCAAGGUUAUUUGGAACGUCAAAGAUAUCAGCAGGAUCGUCGCUAUCAGCAGGAAUUGGAGAAGCUGCGCAUCUUGCUGGUGGAGUCCGAUCAGAAAGGAUCCCUAGAGUGCACUGCCAAUGUGGCUGCACAGUGGAAUUUUGAGACGAACGUCAAUGAUUUUACCCAAACGGAAGCGCUAAACGCUCAGCAACGAUAUGUCGAGUUCCAGCGCAUCACUGCCGAGCAAUCCAAGAGGAUCAACAAAGAUCUUAUCUUCGAUCGUCGCCUUUAUAGACAAUUGAUGCUGCAAUCGGAAGUGGGACCCAAUGCCCUUCCACUAGAUGUUCUAGAUAGGUACAAUCGCCUUCUGAACGAGAUGCUGUUCCUGUACAACAGCGCUGGGAUCUGUGCCUACCAGCAACCCUUUCAGUGUGAUCUUCACUAUAUACCACAGCUAAAGGACAUCAUGGCCAAGAGUAGGGAUUGGGAUGAACUGCAGCACACUUGGGUGGAGUAUCACAGGAAAGCGGGUCGAGGAAUGCGAGAUAGUUAUGAGCAGCUUAUCGAUGUAAUGCAAGAGGUGGCCUAUGUGAACAAUGUCACCAAUGGCGGGGAGUACUGGUAUCUGGGCUAUGAGUCAGGAAACUUUCGCCAGGACAUGGACAUUGUAUGGGAGCAGAUAAGACCGCUCUACGAGGGAUUGCAUGCAUAUGUUCGUCGGAAGUUGAGGGACUACUAUGGUCCGGAUCGCAUUAACCGCAGCCCAAUUCCCUCCCACAUACUCGGCAACAUGUAUGGUCAGUCGUGGUCCAAUGUUCUGGACAUUUUGAUACCCUAUCCGGGUCGCAAACUUAUUGAUGUUACACCACGAAUGGUGGAGCAGGGCUAUACACCGCAGCUUAUGUUCCAGUUGGCCGAGGAGUUCUUUACAUCCAUUAAUAUGUCAGCAGUGGGUCCGGAGUUCUAUAGAAACUCCAUAUUCGAACAGCCCUUGGACAGAAGAGUCUUGUGCGAGCCCUCGGCCUGGGACUUUUGCAAUCGUCAUGAUUUCCGUGUGAAAAUCUGUACGGAUAUCAACCAGCGGAGUUUGAUUAGUGUCCAUCACGAAAUGGCCCACAUUCAGUACUUCCUGCAGUACCGCCACCUGCCCAAGAUCUUCAGAAAUGGUGCCAAUCCAGCUUUCCACCAGGCAGUGGGAGAUGCGAUUGGCCUCUCGGUAUCGACUCCAAAGCAUUUACAGACUCUUGGACUUUUGCAAAGGUCCCUCGAUGAGUCCAGCUAUGAUAUAAACUAUCUGUUUACCAUGGCCAUUGAUAAGGUGGCCUUUCUGCCUUUCGCUUUGUCUUUGGAUAAUUGGCGUUAUGAUGUCUUCAGUGGCAAUGCCAAUAAACGAACUAUGAACUGUCACUACUGGAACUUAAGAGAAAAGUAUUCUGGCAUAAAACCUCCAGUUUUACGCUCAGAAAAAGAUUUUGAUGCGGGAGCCAAGUACCAUAUACCAGCAAAUAUUCCCUACAUCAAAUACUUUUUCUCCACGGUUCUGCAGUUCCAGAUCUAUCGAGCUAUGUGCCGCGAAUCGGGUCAGUAUAUCCCAGGCGAUCCCAGGAAGCCAUUACACCUAUGCGAUAUCUACCGACAGCCAGCAGCAGGCAAUAUUCUCAAAACUCUGAUGUCCAAAGGUGCCUCCCAGCCUUGGCAAGAGGUUCUUGAGGAAACCCUUCGAGAGGGUCGUUUGGAUGGAACCGCUCUCAGGGAAUACUUUGCUCCCCUGGAGGAAUGGCUACGUCAAGAGAACCUCCGAACGAAUGAGUAUGUAGGAUGGAACUAUGAUGGUGACUACUGCAAGCGAAGCAUCGAAACUGCCGGCUUACAGGUCUUUGGAGGUUACUACAAUGGUGUCAUGGGCCAAAAGUCAUCGUUUUACCUGUACCCUCUCAUCUUACUGAUUUACUCUUACAUCAGCUUACAUUUCUUUUAACUUUCUAUCAUUUAUCGGGCCCAUUUUGGGAAUAUGUAAACAAACAGUCAGACAAAAUGUUGUUCCACUUGCAACUUCCGCUUAUUCAAGUCGCACCUAUAACCGAGUUGAACUUGAAUCAAUGCCAAAAAAUACACACACACAAUUCUAAAAUUAAAUAAACGAAAAAAACGCAAAUCUGACAAAUUGCCCGACUGGCUGCACCCUAAAAAUUGCAUCAAAACGGAAAAUAAACAUGGUAGACUGGUCGAAUGGGGGAUACCUAGUGAUUGGUAGUGAUGUUCAGUAUGUAAAAAUAUAUAUAAGCUGGAAGAUUA